AUGGCCGCACCGGAAUCCGUUCUCAUCGUUGGCGCUGGGGUAUUUGGUCUUGGAACAGCAUAUGGUCUGGCGCAAAGACCCGAGUUCAGAAACAGCAAGAUCACAGUCCUGGAAAGGACCGAGUUCCCAGCCCAAGAUGGCGCCUCAAUCGAUUCUUCUCGCAUCAUCAGAGCCGACUAUGAAGAUCUCCCAUAUGCUCAACUCAUGACAGAAGCUAUGCCAGCCUGGAGAGGCGAAUGGGGCGCUGAAGCUCGAUACAGUGAAAGUGGUCUUUGCUUGAUCGCCAAGGACGAUCCUGCUACGGACGGCGCAGAGAACUUCCUCAAAGGUGCACUUCGCAAUGUCACAGAAUCGUUGGGUCUGAAGCUCGGAAAGCGAGAGCAAGGUGGUGAAAUUGAAGUUUUCGAUGAUGAAGCUGGAGCACGUAAGAUCAUGGGUGCUACUGGUGGCCUGGUUGGUCGCGCAGGCUACGUGAACUGGACUUCUGGCUGGGCACAUGCCGAGAACGGUAUCAAGUACAUGCGCAAGAAGAUCGAGAAGCUCGACCGAGUGCACUUCGUUACAGCAGAAGUCAAGCACCUGAUCUUCUCCAACGACGAAGUCAAAGGCGUCAAACUCACCAACGGCAAGACUCUCACAGCAGACCUCACAGUCCUCGCCACCGGCGCCUGGACACCCAAGCUCAUAGACCUCCGCGGCAUCGCCAGCGCAACAGGUCAGAUUCUCGCUUAUUGCGACAUCUCCAAGGAAGAGGAAGAACGCCUGAGUGCUCCAGGUCAACCCGUGAUCCUCUGCGAAAGCGACGGCCUCUUCAUCAUCCCGCCCCGGGACCGCGUCCUAAAAGUCGCCAGACACGGCUAUGGCUACGCCAACCCGGUCAAGAUCCCUCACCCCGAAAAGCCAGAAAGCGGCGAGACCAUCACAGUCUCCCUACCCAAGACCAAGCUCGACGACCCAGACAUGGACAUCCCACCCGAAGGCUUCACAGUCCUGCGCGCUUUCCUCCGAAAAUGCAUCCCCUCCCUUGGCGAGCGACCUUUUACAUACUCCCGGAUAUGCUGGUACACCGACACCCCUGAGGGCGACUGGCUCAUCACGUAUCACCCAAAGUACAAGAAUCUGUUCGUAGCAACGGGUGGGUCUGGGCACGCGUAUAAAUUCCUGCCCACGAUUGGGGAGAGGAUUGUGGACGUUAUUCAGCAGAAGGAUCGCGAUGAGCUGGGCGCGACGCUAAGAGGAAGGUGGAGCUGGCCGAAGAGGAGACUGCAUGAUCAUGUCUGGACGAAUGACUGGAGGGGUGAGGGCGUGAAGGGGAUGAUUUUGGAGGAAGAGUACAAGAAGGGUGGAAAUAAGGUUGACAGGGUGCAGGCUUUGGUGUCGAAGUUGUGA